AUGGCGGCCCGCGCCGAGCUGGCCGCGCCCUGCCGCCUCCUGCCCGCCGCCGCCGGCGCCGCGCUCCGCCUGCAGCUCAGCGUGCAACCGGGGAACGACGGGCGGCGCCGCUUCCGCCUGGCGCUGCGGGCGGCGGAGGCGGGGGGCGGCGCGCCCCUGGCCGAGUGUGACCUGCGGGACGUGUCCUACCAUGUCUGCGGCCCCGCCAGCCACCAGCUGCAGCUGCCGGGGACAGCGGGGACAGCGGGGACACCGGGGACAGCAGGGACAGCGGGGACAGAGGGGGACACAGCGGGGCCAGAGGCGGUGGCACUGCGCUUCCCUGAGGAGCGCGAGGCACAGCAGUGGUGGACGGUGCUGAGCAGCUCCCUCAGGGAGGCACGCAGAGCCGCCGAGGGUGACACGGGGACGUCUCCGGUGCCACCCGCGGGGAUGUCUCUGGUGCCACCCGCGGGGACAUCUCCGGUGCCACCCGCCGAGGGCCCCGAGCUGGACGCGGAGGAGCAGCAGGUCCUGGAGCUGGCCGAGACAGAGGAGCUGGCCCUGCAGCUGGCCGAGGCGAGGAGCUGGCCCUGCAGCUGGCCGAGGCGGUGGCCCUCGGGGACGAGGCGGUGGCCGCGGGCAGCGCGGCGGCGCUGGCCCGGCGCCACGCGGAGCUGA